AUGACGUACAACGUAAAUGUAACAUUAAAUACCUACUACUACGUACGAUAUUACUCAGUAGCAGUAGCACGGAGAGGGAGGAAAAACAAGCAAAAGCACUCUUUGCAUUCUGGAAGAGGGAUCAAUCAAGAUCCAGAUGCCGGUCCUCGGAUGGAUUCUCAUUUCCAGCAGAGUUCAUUCGGGAAUCCCCCUCUCGCACACGCACAACACCAACAAACACACACACAGCCUUGGAUUCUUGCAUCCUGGUUUAUACUGUACCUACUACUACGUACUACGUACUACGUACGUUACUGCGUGCACGAAAAGCAGUCCGCCUGGUUAUCACAGCCCCCCAAAUCCGCGCAAUUCCUCUCACGCUCGGUUUUGCCUUCAGAGUUCAAUCCUCAGCAGUGCCUGCUUGCUGCCUUGCGUCGCACCACCCGCUCUCACAACCCUGCAAGCGAUCCCCCCUCGCGACUAUCCGUGAUCGGCACCGUCAUCGCCAGCGGAUCGCGACGGAUGGAAUGCGGCGGCUACUCAGACUCAGACCCAGACUCAGUCUCAGUCUCAGGCUUAGACUUAGACUCAGACUCGACAAACCACCCUCUUAGUACCGUAGUAGUACAUAGCCUCUCCGUCCGCCCCCUCCCUCCGCACUACGACUGA